UAUCCAGGGGCGGAGUGACAACUCAUGGGACCCCAGGUAUUAGGUGAUCAUGGGGCCCCCGUGUCCUUGCCCACACUCAAAGCACACCCAAAAAAGCCUAUAAAAGGUACCAGGGGUAUUUCAUGGGGCCCCCUACUGACCCCGGGCCCUUGGGCAAUGCCCGUGUGCUCGAAUGGUCAGUCCGCCCCUGGUUUUAUCCGUGCAGAACUGGACACGGUACCCAUUAGUACACAGCAUUUUAUACACCCUUCUGCCACUGGUGUCGGUAUUUUUUUUUUUUCAUUAUUAAUUUUUACCAUUUUAUUUUAUUUUUUAUUU